UUAAUGUCAUCCAUCUCCUUGUUUUUUCACCUUCAUCUUUAAAGUCUAACCCUUUAGCUUCUUCAUCUAUUGUUUCUCUUCGUCUUGAUCAGUUACUGUUCCUUUUGCCUUUUGUUAAAUUGUUUCUGUCACUUGUCACCUUAUUUUUGAUGACAAAACAAAAUCGUUCACCUCUUAGCUGCUGAAAAUUUAAGAUUCGAAUAACUGUUCAUCGUCAUUUUCUUAUCACUACUGUCACCAUCAAUAUAAACCAAAACAAAACAUGUUGUCAAAAAAUCCUUCAUUUGUAGAAUUGAAAAAAUUCCACCAAGGACAUAGCUUGAAUGUCCGCAAAAUGUUUGAGGAAGAUCCUGACCGUUUUACAAAAUACAGCAUUACCCUUGAUGCAGAUGAAAAUGGAGUGAUUCUAUUUGAUUACUCUAAAAAUCUCGUUGAUAAUGAAGUUAUGUCAAAGCUCUUUGAUUUGGCUCGCAGUGUUUCUUUGGAAGACGCACGAAAUGCAAUGUUCAAGGGUGAGAAGAUUAAUUUCACCGAAGAUCGAGCUGUACUUCAUACUGCUCUGCGAAACCGUAGUAAUAAACCAAUACUUGUUGAUGGAAAGGAUGUUAUGCCGGAUGUUAAUCGAGUUCUUAAUCAAAUGAAAAACUUUACAGAGAGUUUAAUUUCCGGUAAAUGGUUGGGAUUUACCGGUAAAAAGAUUACUGAUGUUGUCAAUAUUGGUAUUGGUGGCUCCGAUUUAGGUCCACUUAUGGUAACUGAAGCGCUAAAAGCUUAUCAAGUUGGCCCUAAUGUCCAUUUUGUUUCCAACAUCGAUGGCACCCAUUUAGCUACUACUUUAGCAAAAUUGAACCCCGAGACAACUUUAUUCAUUAUUGCUUCUAAAACUUUCACCACUCAAGAAACAAUUACUAAUGCUACGUCAGCACGAGAAUGGUUCCUCAAAGCAGCAAACAAUGAUAUGUCAGCAGUGGCAAAACAUUUUGUAGCAUUGUCAACUAACACUGAAAAGGUCAAAGAAUUUGGUAUUGCUGAGAGUUCCAUGUUUGAAUUCUGGAACUGGGUCGGUGGAAGAUAUUCUUUAUGGUCAGCUAUUGGUUUAUCUAUUGCAUGUCAUCUUGGUUUUGAUAAUUUUUCCAAACUUUUAGAUGGAGCAUAUUUCAUUGAUCAACAUUUCCUCAGUGCUCCUUUGGAACAAAAUGUGCCUGUUAUUAUGGCUUUGUUAGGAAUCUGGUACAUAAAUUGUUAUGGAGCUGAAACUCAAGCAAUCUUACCGUAUGAUCAAUAUCUUCAUCGAUUUGCUGCUUACUUCCAACAAGGAGAUAUGGAGUCUAAUGGUAAAUAUAUCGCUCGUGAAGGCAAUGCUGUUGAUUAUAGCACUGGACCGAUUGUUUGGGGAGAACCUGGAACAAAUGGUCAACAUGCUUUCUAUCAACUUAUUCAUCAAGGAACUCGACUCAUUCCUUGUGACUUCAUUGCCCCAGCUAAAAGUUUGAAUCCCAUCCGAGACAGUUUGCAUCAUAGAAUUCUGUUGGCAAACUUUUUCGCUCAAACAGAAGCUUUGAUGAAGGGCAAAACAAGAGAGGAGGUUAAAGAGCAACGAAUCAAAAAGGGAGUUCCUGAAAAUGAAUUGCUCAAGAAUAUAAAUCAUCAAGUAUUUGAAGGAAAUCGACCAACAAAUUCAAUUAUGGUUGACAAAGUUACACCAUUCACUUUGGGUGCUUUGAUUGCUCUCUAUGAGCAUAAGAUAUUUACUCAAGGUAUCAUUUGGGGCAUCAACUCAUUUGAUCAAUGGGGUGUUGAGUUGGGCAAGGAAUUGGCUAAAGCAAUUGAACCUGAACUUUCAGAUAAUGAACAAGUUACUAGUCACGAUUCAUCAACCAAUGGAUUGAUCAACUUUUUCAAAAAAAUGAGAGCUUAAAGUGAACUUUUAUUGCAAUUGAAAAAUAAGGAAAUUACAAAAACAAAGCUAAAUUAAAUGUGUUGAUUCAAUGCAUUUAUACACCCGUUAUUAACAUGCACAAUGAGGCAUGGUAAAUUAGUAUUUCUAUACCUGAUUUUAAUCAAUUUAUACUUAAUCUGAUCUCUUAGCGAUCCAAAAGUCAUCUAAUAUCCCUUUAAAGUUAUACGAAUUAAGUUUAGUCCGUGGAAAUGUGAUCUUAAAGACAUUAAUUAUUUGUUCAUGGGUUCUUUUUAUUGGUAUAAAAUUUUAACUUAAAAAUGUUUAGAAUUAAUAUUGAUAAUGUUUUGAAUUGUA